AUGUCUAGUUUUCACCACUUCUCAAAUUUAAAAAAAUUUGAUCUGUCUGAGCUGAUGUAUAAUUAUUAUGGUUAUGGUGCUAACCAGGAUAGGAAGCUCAACAACAGCCCUAAUUAUAGGGCAGAGUACCAGUCACAAUCAUCAUCUCAGUCAAUACAGACUCAAAUGCUGUCACUGUCUAAUCCAGUAAAUAAUGCCACAAAUGCCAAUCAUGGACCUAAUACUAAUAGUUCAGAUAAGAGGUCAUCCAACCAACCCCAGUAUUAUCAACAACAAUAUCCUUAUCAAUAUGUUAAUUAUGAUAACUAUGUCCAUGUAGUACCAUAUCAACAAAUGGUACCAAAUCAACAAAUCGUUCCCAAUCAACAAAUGGUGCCGAAUCAACAAAUGGUUCCCAAUCAAUAUUAUCAAUAUAACCAACAACAUUUAAAUCAGUCGAGCCAUUCACAACCCAAUCAGCCCGGUCAUCAAAAUCAACCUGGUCAACCUAAUCAACCUAAUCAUCCCGGUCAGGCUUUUCCUGGUCAACCUGGUGUGGGGAUGUCUGGGCAGGCUGGCCAUCAGUAUGGGCCAGGAUCAACUAAUCAACCUCAUCAACUUCUGAUUCAACAAGUUCAACUUCAACAAGCACAACUCCAACAAGCUCAAAUUCAACAAGCACAACUUCAGCAGGCACAACAGCAUCUCCAACUUCAACAAGCACAGCAACAACUUCAACAUCAGCAUGAGCUUCAACAAAAUCCUCCACAAGUUCUGCAGCAACUGCACCAGGCUCAUCAGAAUAGCCAUCAGAGCCAGUUGAGUCACAGUCAAACUAAUCAGGCUCAUUCCACUAACCUGAGUCAACAACAUCUGCAUCAACAACAGCCACACAUUCAUCAACCCCAUCAAAACGGUCAAAAUGUACAACAUCAUGCCAUUCAAGCUCAAAGUCAACCACAAAAUCAAGGUCAAAUACCUGUUCACCCCAAUCAAGCUUUGUUAAGGAAAUCGUCGACUCCUCCCAUAACAAAUCAUAUCGCUCAACAGGGACAUCCUCAGUUAAACUCAAACCAAUUGACCCCUAACCAAGUUCUAACCCCAAAUCAAGUUCAUCCAACCAUGACUAAUGGCAUAAAUCAGAUUACUCCAAUGCAUUCUAGAUUCAACAAGAGGUUUUACGAGAAUGAGGAGAUCAUGGAGGCCAAUUAUCAAUAUCCGAAUUCUUAUGAAUACGACACAAACUACAUGAGACAGGAUUUCGACUUCGAAAAGAAAGAAGUAGAUAUGAAAGAUACACCCAAACAGAAAGUACAAUCUAAAAAAACUGAAGAGUCCCACAAAUCAGAGGAAAAUAUCACUUUCAGCAAAGAGACCUCUAAAGACAAGAAGAAAAGAGGGAGACCCAGAGUAUUGUUGUAUGAUAAUACCACCAAUGAAUACAUGGACUCUUCUAAUCCAAAUUAUAAGGCUUUGAGGAAAGAGUUGGUUGGUUCAGGAAAAUUCAGCGAGGAGCUUUUGUCUACAUACCUUGCAAAGAAGGAAGUAACAUCAUCAAUAAUCUCUCAUGAUUACAAUAAGCAACAAGUGGAGGAGUUGAUUGUGAAGAAGGAUAAGAGAGGUAGACCAAGGAAAUUUCCUAUCGAACAAACUGGUAUCACGGUAAAAGGUGUAAGAGUUGAAGGUUAUAAGCAGCCCAAGGUUUUGAAAAGUCAGUCAAAUAUUAAACCUAAAAAGAGUCGAGGAAGACCCAGAAAAUCAGCUGAUAUCAUGUAA